AUGGCUGGGUUACUGGCAUGGGCGGUGGGAGGUGGCGGAGGAAAGGAAGCGGAGGACGAUUCCUUUAUCCCAAUCUUAUUCUCUGAAGAGCAGCAAAAAUUGCCUCCCCAGGAUAUCUCCCAGAGCCUCCCGCACCUCCACGCCCACUCCCUCGCCUCCAACGCCGCCCUCGCCCUCCAAUUGAACUCCCACUCCGCCACGCGCCAACAGGUCCAUAGCUAA